UUCUUUUAGGAAAGCCCUUGAGAAUUUGAAUUUAUGUUACUGAAAUUCCAUAAUUUGUAAAUGAAUGGGUAGCUGGAGUUAUGCGAGAUGAUAUUUAAGGGCCCGGGAGAAAAAGGUGCAGUUAUGUUGAAAAAUGAAUUUAAGUGCAAUUGAGAAGCAUGAAGAUGAGGGUUUCUUGUAUGCAAUCUUUGCUCUAUGAAAUGUUGGGAUGUAAGUGAUUGGCUGGAUUAUAAGGCUGUUAUCAAGAAGCUGAUUAUGAACCUUGGCGUUUCAUUAUUUUCUUCUAUUAUCGGUUAUUCUGAGGUGUGAAGUAUUAUCAAGGAAAAGAAGUGGAGGGGAUUUGGAACUUUUCUUCCCAAUCAAAGGACUAUAUACGUUGCCUUGAAAUUUGCAGUGAAUGAAGUACGCUUCUUGCAAGAUGUUCCUGUCUUCUUUUCCUAACAAAAGACCAAAGGAUGGUUCAACAGGCUGAUUUGGUUAUUAUUGGAAUCUGUGUUGGCUUGGCAGCAGGCAUACUUAUAGCUUCUCUCGCAUUUUUUGGCAUUCGCUGGUACAAGAAACGUGCUCGUCUUCAGCAACGUGAAAAUGAACGUUCUCCUUCUACUCUUCCAAUACGUAGACAUGGCUUAAAUACGAGCGUUGAUUUUAGUGCAUCUCUUUCAAGUUCUGUGACUAACGGACCUAUCGAGCCCAUCCAGAAACCCCAACAUUCUUGGUGGAAUAAUCAUACCAAAGACCGAUUUGCUUCUGUAUCUGGCAUUCUAAGAUACUCGUACAAAGACAUUCAGAAGGGGACACAGAACUUCACUACUAUUCUGGGACAGGGUUCUUUUGGCCCUGUGUAUAAAGCUACAAUGCCUGCUGGUGAAGUGGUUGCUGUGAAGGUUCUUGCGUCAGAUUCAAAACAAGGGGAAAAAGAGUUUCAAACUGAGGUUUCUUUGCUGGCUAGGUUGCAUCAUAAAAAUUUAGUGAAUUUAGUCGGAUAUUGUGUUGAUAAAGGGCAACACAUGUUAGUAUACGAGUUCAUGAGCAAUGGAAGCUUGGAGAACCUUAUAUAUAAUGAUGUGGAACAAGCAUUGAGUUGGGAAGAUCGGAUUCAAAUAGCACUAGACAUUUCACAUGGCAUUGACUAUCUUCAUGAUGGGGCAGUGCCUCCUGUCAUACAUCGAGAUCUUAAGUCAGCUAACAUAUUGUUGGAUCGUAACAUGAGAGCAAAGGUUGCUGAUUUUGGGCUGUCGAAGGAAGAGCAUUUUGAUGGCCGCAACUCGGGCCUUAAAGGUACAUACGGAUACAUAGAUCCCAUGUAUAUAUCCACAAACAACUUCACAACAAAAAGCGACGUGUACAGCUUUGGUAUUAUACUCUUUGAGCUCAUCACAGCCAUCCACCCCCACAAGAACUUAAUGGAGUAUGUCAACCUUGCCUCCAUGAGCCUGGAUGGUGUGGACGAUAUAAUUGAUGCAAAGAUGGCAGAGACAUGCAACAUCGAAGAAGUGAGGAGUUUAGCCAAAAUUGCUCACAGGUGCUUGCACAAAACACCCAGAAAGCGGCCUUCGAUGGGGGAGGUUUCCCAGGCCAUUGUGAAGAUAAAGCAGCAGAGGAGGCGCCUUGUUAAAGAGGACACCAUGUCUUUUGCAGGAGAGGAUUUAUCGAGGGCUGUGAGUCGAAUCGAAUGCCAACAGCUGGAGCUGAGACGAAUGGCCAGCAUUGAGGAGAGGCCCAAUGAAUGAUUUUGAUUCUUUUUGGAGAAAGAGUUACAGUCUGUAGUGUCUAUAUAGAUUUAGGGCUGUUAACUGUAAUGUGAGUCAGGACUCAUUACUUGAGUUUUUCAAUUAUAAAUACCUCUCUUUUUUCUCUAAA